CUAGUAAUUUUGCAUAGGAAAGUAUGACUAAUGUUCAAUCCGGUGAAAAGGAUGGUAUUUUUCUAAUGGGUUUCCAUGUGUUUUAUAAAAUGUUGUUGUGGUUUCAUUUAUGUGGCUUCAAGGUUUGAUCAAUCCGUCUUCAUUUGGUAUGCUCAAUCGUCUUCACGUCGGCCUAAUUUGUAUAUUCUUUGACUCAUCUAUCUUCUUUCUAUUUGUGAUUGUUUAAUGUUUGUGAUGAAUAUCUGUAUGCAUUUGGUAUGCUCAUUUCAUUCGUGGUCCGCUCAAUUUGUUCACAAUCGCCGUUCGUGCUUCGUGGGUCUAAUCAUGCAAAAUUACUCUAUAAGGUUGCUGCUUUUGACAAGAGAAUAGGCUCAAAGUUUUUGUUAGAGUCAGAUCCGAGUUCGAGCAACAUAGAGGAGUUUUCUAAAGGCCUUUAUGAUGGUACUAUCUCUCCCUACUUCAGAUCACAGUCAAUACCAAAUAAUGAUGGAGCAAGCAUUGAAGUAGUUGUUGGAAGGACAUUUGAUGAGUUGGAUUUGAAAACAACAACCAAGAAUGUGGAGAAGUUGGCUAAGCAUUUCAAAGAUUUUGAUAACAUUGUUUUUGCCAUAAGCAAAUGUUCUUGUGUUUUUCCAUUGCAAUUGAAGUGAUCAAAGAGAGUUGUCAGGCAUUGUAGCCUAGUUAAGGAGGGAAGUAGAGUUACCCUGUAACCUUACAUAGCGCAUUAGCCAUUGAGAUUUCUAAUACACCUGAAGAGCCGGUGGGUAAGUGGAUCGCUCCUUAGUGCGGUUGGCCUGGCUUGGAGGAAGGUGAGAGCAAUACCCAGGUUAGUGAGGCCUAACCCGAUGAGCUAGAGAGCAAAAGGGUUAAAGAACCAAGUUAGGGGAAUGAAGGUUUCACACCUUUAAGUACCUUAUAUCAAGAAGUAGCAAUAGUCGGUGGAUGAGGAAAUGUACAGUAACUAGAGCGUGGGGGAGAGGGGGAAAGGGGGCUAACUACCAGUGCCAAAAGAGUUCAACCAAGCUUCUCUCACUAUGGCACAGAGAACUGUAUCUUGGUGGCAAAGAGAACAUGGUGCAUUGCUACACGAUAAGGCGAGAAACCCAAACGUCAAGUUGGAAAAGCCGUGUUUAGGCGAAGAGAGGCCUGAAGAUUAUGUUUAAGUCUUGUUGUAAGGAAAAUUCUAAGUACUAGCUGAACAUUGUAGAAGUGUUAAGUUAAUAAAGAAAAAUUUUGUACUUAUUCCGCUGCAUUAUCUUGUGUCUGUAGUGUAAUUAGUUGAAAGGUAUUGUUAAGUUAAGUAUUAAAGGUCCGACGAUAAGGCUAAGUUAAUGAGAUUAAGUUGUUGUAUUCUGCUGCUAUGUUAAAAAGCUUGGCGUUUAAGCUUUGCAUUGAGGUUUAAAAAGAGAGGAUGUGUGUGUGUGUGUUUGUAUUACAUAUAUUAUAAAAGGAAAAGGAAAUAAUAAUGAAAAAUAUUA